AUGCAGGCAGGCGCAGGUGGGCCUGCCAGCCCACUAGGCCCGCCCUGCGAAAACGUGUUAGCAGGCCUCUGCAGGCGACCGCAUUUUGGAGGCGGGCUGAAGUGGGAUGGGCCUGCAAAACCUGCUGGGCUCAAGCGGAAAGCCCACGACCACCUGCAGGUAUCCUGCGAGGCCUGUGAGAGCGCAUCCAAGAAACCUUAUCCCCUUCUGCCUCCACACGACGGCGCGACGGCGCCGACCCUCCACUCCGCCGCGCUCCUCCACGCAACGGCGCCACCCCACCCCUCCACUCCGCCUCGCUCCUCCACUCAACGGCGCCGCCCAUUCACUCCGCCUCGCUCCUCCACGCAACGGCCCUGCACCUCCAGUCCGCCUCCGCCUGCGCGCUGGAUCCGGCGAGCCGCGUGUCCUCGACCUCGACCUCGUCCUCGCCGCCGUCGCGACCUGCCUCCUCCUCUUCCCCGUUGCGAGGGCCUCUCCUCCUCUUCGCCGGGCCUCUCCUCGCCGGGCCCCUCCUGUUCAUCAGAGCAUCGAGGGUCGUCUCCGGCUGCUGCUAAGUCGCGCCACUCAAAUGGACAGGGAUGCUGGCCCGUCAAGUCUGCUAGAUUCAUUCUUGAUCUUCUAAAGAAUGCUGAGAGCAAUGCUGAGGUCAAAGGUCUUGAUGUCGAUACCCUGUAUGUGUCGCACAUUCAAGUAAACCAAGCUCAGAAGCAGCGGCACAGGACCUACCGUGCCCAUGGACGCAUCAACCCUUACAUGUCCUCCCCGUGCCACAUUGAGCUGAUCUUGUCAGAGAAAGAAGAGCCAGUGAAGAAAGAGGCGGAGUCUCAGAUUGCGACCAGGAAGGCUUAAACAAGGGAGCACUGCGGUGUUAGAGUGGAUUGUAGGUCGUCGUUGCCUAAGUGAAAAUUUUGGCUGGUUAUUUGUCGCCUCCUUUAUCAGUGUACUGCUAGCUCGUACUGUCACCUUGAUCAGUGUCUGUACUGCCUAUACAAUUCGAAGCUAUGAAUGAAGUUUGUGGAUUAUUUCCAUAUUUAUA